UGGGUUUUCCACGUUGGACAAGUGCGGCGCGGCGGGCGGCGGAGCGCGCCCCUUCCCGCUGCCUGCUCCACUGUGCUCUCCUCCCCGGCCCGGCGGGCGGGCUGGUGGGCGGUGGCGGCCGCGGCGCUCGGCCCUCUCCCUCCGGUGUGUGCGCGCUCGUACGCGCGGCCCCCAGCGCCCGCCCCGCCGCCUGGGAGGGGGCCUGCGCGGCCGGCCGGGGCGUGCGCCCGGGGAGCCUCCGCCACCGCGGCCCGCGCCCCCAGGCGCCGGGGUCCCCGCGGCCCCGGAGGCGGCGCGGCGGGCUCGGCAGAUGUAGCCGCCGGACCGGAGCCGGAUCCGGCGGGGGGGCGCCGGGAGAGCGAGGGCUUUGCAUUUUGCAGUGCUAUUUUUUGAGGGGGGCGGGGGGUGGAGGAAGCGGAAAGCCGCGCCGAGUCGCCGGGGACCUCCGGGGUGAACCAUGUUGAGUCCUGCCAACGGGGAGCAGGUCCACCUGGUGAACUAUGUGGAGGACUACCUGGACUCCAUCGAGUCUCUGCCUUUCGACUUGCAGAGAAACGUCUCGCUGAUGCGGGAGAUCGACGCGAAAUACCAAGAAAUCCUGAAGGAGCUGGAUGACUAUUACGAGAAGUUUAAAAGGGAGACGGACGGCACGCAGAAGAGGCGGAUGUUACACUGCAUUCAGAGAGCCCUGAUCCGGAGCCAGGAGCUGGGAGAUGAGAAGAUCCAGAUCGUGAGCCAGAUGGUGGAACUGGUUGAGAACCGGGCCAGACAGGUGGACAGUCACGUGGAACUCUUCGAGGCGCAUCAGGAGGUGGGCGAUGCUACAGGCAAUAGCGGCAAAGCCGGCCAAGACAAGUCGAAGAAUGAGACAAUCACGCAGGCAGAAAAGCCAAAUAACAAGAGAUCCCGGCGACAGCGCAACAACGAGAAUCGAGAGAAUGCAUCUAAUAAUCAUGACCACGACGACAUCACCUCAGGAACGCCCAAGGAGAAGAAAGCAAAAACCUCAAAGAAAAAGAAACGCUCCAAGGCCAAAGCAGAGAGGGAAGCAUCCCCUGCAGAUCUGCCCAUCGACCCCAACGAGCCGACGUACUGUCUGUGCAAUCAGGUCUCCUAUGGAGAGAUGAUCGGCUGUGACAACGACGAGUGCCCCAUUGAGUGGUUCCACUUCUCAUGCGUGGGCCUCAACCAUAAACCAAAGGGCAAGUGGUACUGUCCCAAAUGUCGAGGGGAAAGCGAGAAAACAAUGGACAAAGCACUGGAGAAAUCCAAAAAAGAGAGGGCUUAUAACAGGUAGUUUGUGGACAUUCAUUGAGGAGUGAAGAGAACAAAACAAACCAGUGUAUUUAUUAUGUUGCCACCUUUGUUGAGGUGUAAGGAUUGUAAAAUGUAUAUUUUUAAAGAAUGUUAGAAAAGAGGCCAUUCCUUUUAUAGGGGUGGCAAUGAUUCCUUGGCCUUCUGUUUUUAUUGGUACACAUGUGUAACAAAGUGGUCCGUGGAUCAGCAUUUUAGAAACCACAAAUAUAGGUUUGAAUUAAACAUUUAAGUAUGUCUCAGACUGAUUUUUUUUUUGUGGGGGGGGAUGACUAAAAGCAUCCUAACAUUAAAUGUGGAAAUAAAAGAUUUAGCUAUUUUCUUCUAAUGAAAGUACUAUUAUUACUUUAUGAAAAAAAAAUUUUUAAAUUAGCCAAGUUGCCAAAAAUAUAGCCUAUGGUAAAUUUGUUUCUUGCUACUAUAAUGUAUAUCCAUAAAACAAUUCAAUAACAAAGGUUUAAAGUUCAAAGAUUAUUUUUUAAAAACGUAAAUGGUUAAAUUUUACGUGACAAAUAUUUUAUAUACUGGCCCAUUCCCCAGAUGGCCAUUUUUAAAUGAUUGGGUACAUUUUUACUAAACAGAAGUGGUCUAGUCAUGGAACUCCCAAUCAUGCUUUUGCAAUCACAAAUCAUAGUGUAGUCAUCUUUAAUUUAUAUAAGGUGUAUAAAUGUACAUUUCCAAGUGAACUUGCACUUGCUGUAUUAUAAUUGGAAGUACAGCCAGAUGCUAUUGUGAAACUAAAGUGUGCUUCCUGCUGUAUGUUUGAGAGCUGUACAGAUUUUAUGUCAAGAAAUAAAUGAAACUUGGCCAGUU